AUGAAAAUUACAAUUGAACUUGAGAUCCAACCUGAUGAAGUGGGGCUGGCAACUGAGCUUCUUAGCACCCUUAGAACGCUCACGGAUCACGUAAAAGUCGUGACCCCAGGCGCCAGCGCCCUUUCAGCCACAUCUUCAUCAGCGUCCGGGCCUCCUCCUGGAGCCGUCCCCCAAUCCGUAUCUCACUCUGCUGCUGUGGCGCCGCCGCCGGCCCCCUCCUCCACCCUGCCGAACGGGAAUGUCCUUUACCAGCCUGCCAACCGCGCUGGCGCUCCUCCGCCCGCCCUGGUGCCGCCGCCGCCGCUACCGCCGCCCCAGCAGCAGCAGCAGCCAGCCCAACCGGCGGCGCCAGCGGCACCUGCCAUCCCCCCGGCCGCGCCGCAUCAGCCGACACACAAGCCAGGCCAACCCCUGCCUGCUCCAAACUUCGCCCCUCCGGGUAUUCCGCAACCGCCGCAGGGCCAGCCUCGGACGUUCGCCCUCAUCUUGCCGCACCUCGCUAAUCCAUCUGCCCAGGAACAGCUUCACUCGUUCGUGGUUCGUCUUUCCCCAGUCUCCUCUACCUCUACCUCUACCGCCAGUAACAGUCCAUCCUCCUUGGCACCACAGCUUCACUCGUUCCUGGGUCGGCCUCCCCCUGCCUCUGCCUCCCCCGUGGUUGCUUCUCGGGUGACGGGAUUCCUCGUCCACAGCCGCCCCAAAACUCGUCCGGCAGCUCGUUCUCGCAAUUUCGAACGUCGGGGCAGUUGCUUCCCUCCUUGA